AUGUUGAUCGAGGAGGUGAUGGACGCUGUUCAGAGCCCGGUUCCUGAGAGCACUCCUGAGGAGGAGUCUUUCGAGGAGAAUCCGGAGGAGAAGGUCCCGCCUGACGACUAUACAGAAGAGAGGCGAGUGAACUUUGCUGCCUUCCAAUUUGAAGGCAUUGCACGUGUUUGGAGGGACGUGAUAAGGGAAAAGUGGGAAAGAGCACAGUCCCCUUGGAUCUGCGAAAACUUCACGAAGGAGUUCAAUGAGAAGUUUCUUCCACCUCUGAUCCAAGAGAAGCGGGAGGACGAAUUCAUAAAGUUGAGACAAGGAACCUUUAGCGUGGUAGACAGUACCGAGUACCAGUUAUCAAAAUGCCCAAGUGUACCAAAAGAAAGAGGUAGUACUCAAAGGUCUGAAAAGUUAGCCUCUAAGCAGUCUAGUGCUGGAGGGAGUCGAUCCAAGGUACCUGCUAGGGUUUACGCAUUGGAUUAUCAGCAGAUUCCGGAUGCUACUGAGGUGGUUGAAGAUAUUAAGGGGUAUGAUGUCAUCCUAGAAAUGGACUGGUUAGCUCGCUACCAUGCUCAGUUGAAUUGUAAGACGAAAAUGGUAGAAUUGUGCAUUCCAGGAGAGGCAACCCUAAAAUUGGAUAUAAAGGAUAGAUUAGCCUCAUCUGCUCAUAUUUCAGGAAUUCGAGUUAGAAAAAUGUUGAAUAAGGGAGUUCAAGAAUAUUUGGUUUUUCUUAUAAAUACUCCUAGUGAUAAGGUGAGGUUAGAAGAUAUGCCUGUAGUAAAGGAGUAUCCAGAUGUUUUUUCUGAAGAAUUAGAGUCUUUGCCUCCGAAAAGGGAGAUAGUUUUUAAGAUUGAUUUGACUCCGGGGUUUGUAGUUGUAUUUAUUGACGAUAUACUGGUGUACUCUAAAACUUUGGAGAAUCAUGAGAAACAUUUGAGAGUUGUUUUACAAACUUUGAAGGAAUAUCAGUUGUAUGCUAAGUUUAGCAAAUGUGAAUUAUGGUUGAAGGAAAUAACCUUCUUAGGUUAUAUAAUUUCCAAGGACGGAAUUAAGGUAGAUCUGGCCAAAGUUGAAGCAGUUUCUAAGUGA